GAAAACCGUGUGGCAUAUUCUGCUGAGCUUCACCCUGAAAGAAGCAUUUUUUAAAAAUCCAUCCAGAGAAGAGAGAAGUAAUGGGCACGUUAGCAUGCAGUUAUUAGAGCCUCGCGUGCCUGCGAGCUGCCCUUUGGACAAGCUGUUGACUGCUGCUCCGAAGAGCUGAUUUGAGAACGUGGAAUGCAGAGUGAUAAUGCUGCAUGUCUGCUAUCAGACAGCAGAAAAGGGUUUUGUCUCGGAAGGCAAGCCUCCCCGGCAACAUUGUCGCAGCUGCUCUCUAGCUGCUUGCCCUGAGCACCAGUGACCUGAGAGCAGGGCGUUAUCAUCUGAGAAGAGCAGUCCUGCGCGCCCUGCUGCAUCUGAGUGGCAGGUCUGAAGGAGCAGGUGUGUGCUCCGAUGGGCACCGGACUGUAACGCAGGCGGACGCUCUCGGGUGUACCUGCUUCCUGUUAACAGAUUGUUGGCUCACAGAGCAUCUGCCCACACGCUGAGGCCGAGGCUGGGAAGGAGGUCCCUGUGGAUCCACUUGACUGACAGAGACACUUGGAUUGGACUUAAUCUGAAACCUCUGGAGUUCAAGACCUUUUAAAAAGGGCUAAAUAAACAAUCUCUACAUGUAAAAGGCCAUUGACUCCUACUUCCUCUGUUUAGAGCAACUGUUGAGCCCAGCUGCCUGUAGGAAAACUGAAGAUUUUAAUAACAAACCCUCCAAGGUCAAAAUGAACACAGAUAGCGGUGGGUGCGCUCGCAAACGUGCUGCCAUGUCUGUUACAUUAACAUCUGUGAAGAGAGUUCAAAGUUCUCCAAACCUUUUGGCUGCAGGACGUGAUUCUCAGUCCCCAGACUCAGCUUGGAGCCCUUACAAUGAUCGAAAUCAAGAGACAUUGAACGGCGAUGCUACAUAUUCCUCUCUUGCAGCAAAAGGUUUUAGAAGCGUUCGACCAAAUUUACAAGAAAAAAAGUCACCAACUCAGGCACCCUUUCCACCACCCAGAAAAGAGAGCUUUUGUAGCUCCCUGAUAACCAGUCACACAAAGGGUGACAUUUUAGACCAAUUAGUAACUAACACACAAACUCCCUCCUGUACAAAGUACUUUACUAACCAAAAACCUCUAGAGGAAGCUAUGUAUUCUAAUGAUGACUCAAACCAGACAAUCGUGUAUUCGGAAGAAUCUAACACAACUGUGUCAUACACCCAAAAAAUCACUAACCCACUACCAGCAGCUGCCAGUACUGGUCCCCCAUCAAAUGCUGACACCAGCACCCCAUUUCUACAAGAAGACUACACGCAGGACUGUCAAACUCGACGAAUUUCUACGUUGAAACUAAUCCAUAACCAGGAUCUAGGAAGUAGUGUUCACUUUAGUACUCCACAGUUUUCCCAGUCUGUUGAAGUACCACCUUGCUCACCACCCCCUAACCCUGUGCCUGAGAUACACACAGCAUCUCUUUGCAUUCAGAUAACUCCCGUUUCAGGACACGAUCCUGAAAGCCACAAACAGCUACCUGAGCUUUCUCCAGAGACUACAAAGAUACCUCUUCAGCAAGAGAGACAAAAAUCUGCAGUUGCUGCGGCCUCCCAGUCCUCAGACUGCCGGGUGCCUGGAAACCAGAACUUAGCUGUCAAUGUGCCAGAGAGCCAGAUAACAGUGAAUGGAAACUCGGGAGGUGCUGUGAGCCCAAUGAGUUACUAUCAAAGGCCGUUCUCCCCUUCGGCUUACUCUCUCCCAGGCUCGCUCAACUCAAGCAUUAUCAUGCAGCAUGGCCGGUCACUUGAUUCCACAGAGACCUAUCCCCAGCACGCACAGUCUCUGGACGGCACCAUGGGCAGCUCCAUCCCACUGUACAGAUCCUCUGAGGAAGAGAAGAGAGUGACGGUCAUCAAAGCCCCGCACUACCCAGGGAUCGGGCCGGUGGAUGAAUCCGGAAUCCCCACCGCAAUUAGAACGACAGUUGACAGACCGAAGGACUGGUACAAGACCAUGUUCAAGCAGAUCCACAUGGUACACAAGCCGGAUGAUGACACAGACAUGUAUAAUACUCCUUACACAUAUAAUGCAGGCCUGUACAACUCACCCUACAGUGCUCAGUCACAUCCUGCUGCAAAGACCCAGACCUAUCGACCCCUCUCCAAAAGCCACUCGGACAACGGCACCGAUGUCUUUAAGGACGCUUCCUCCCCCAUCCCUCCCCCACAUGUUCCUCCUCCAAUUCCACCACUUCGGCCAAGAGAUCGAUCUUCGACAGAAAAGCAUGACUGGGAUCCUCCGGACAGAAAAGUGGACACAAGAAAAUUUCGUUCUGAGCCAAGGAGUAUUUUUGAAUAUGAACCUGGGAAGUCAUCAAUUCUGCAACACGAAAGACCACCCCCUCUCCCAACAACUCCGACACCUGUUCCAAGGGAACCUGGCCGGAAGCCUCUUUCUGUUUCACCAUAUGAAGAAGUAGCUGGUAGCCCCUCCCCUCCGCCCAGGACCGGGCUCCCCAUACCAAGCCCGCGCACCCCGGCUCUUUCCCCCAUCUGGACUGAUCGCAUAAAUCCAGAUGACAUAGAUUUAGAAAAUGAGCCCUGGUAUAAAUUCUUUUCAGAACUGGAGUUUGGACGCCCGCCUCCUAAAAAGGCUCUGGACUAUGUUCAAGAUCAUUCUUCUGGUGUUUCCAAUGAGGCCUCCUUGUAUCAAUCUUCCAUAGACAGAAGCCUAGAAAGACCCACCAGUGCCAUGAGCAUGGCCAGUGACUUCAGGAAAAGGAGGAAGAGCGAGCCUGCAGUGGGACAGCCAAGGGGCCUGGAUCAAAGUGCACCCAGAACCAGCCCGGGCCGAGCGGACCCCCCAGGGUCAAGCGCCACCAUGACCAAGUCCUUCAUAAGUUCCUCCCCUUCUUCUCCAUCAAGAGCAAAAGGUGGGGAUGAUAUGUGUCCGUCCCUUUACAGUUACUCAGGGCUCAACGGCAACCCCUCCAAUGAGUUAGAUUACUGUAAUGCUUACAAGAGACAGCAUUUGGAUGUCCCUCGUGACUCCCAGAGGGCCAUCACAUUCAAGAAUGGCUGGCAAAUGGCCCGACAGAAUGCAGAGGUCUGGAGCAGCACUGAAGAGACAGUUUCUCCCAAAAUCAAAUCCCGUAGUUGUGACGAUCUCCUAAAUGAUGACUGCGACAGCUUCCCGGACCCAAAAGCCAAGUCAGAAAGCAUGGGGUCUCUGCUAUGUGAAGAGGAUUCCAAGGACAGCUGCCCGGAGACCUGGGCGUCCCCCUACAUGCAGGAGGGCCGCAGUAAUGGCAGAUCGAGGCUCCGGCACAGGGCAGCCCAUGACGCCCCAGGGUUCCUAAAAAUGUAUAAGAAAAUGCACCGCAUUAACCGCAAGGAUUUGAUGAAUUCAGAGGUGAUUUGCUCCGUGAAGUCGAGAAUAAUGCAGUACGAGAAGGAACAGCAACACAAAGGCCUGCUCCACGGCUGGAGUCAGUCGUCCACGGAGGAAGUGCCCAGGGACAUGGUCCCCACUCGCAUUUCUGAAUUUGAAAAGUUGAUUCAAAAGUCAAAAUCCAUGCCAAAUUUAGGAGAUGAUAUGUUAUCUCCUAUAACCCUAGAACCUCAACAAAAUGGUUUAUGUCCCAAAAGGCGGUUUUCCAUUGAGUCUCUGCUGGAAGAAGAAAAUCAAGGUAGACAUCCUUCUCAUGUACAACGAAGCUACGAGGCUAAAGCCCUGGUGCCAAUUCAUAUCGAAGUCACCAGUGAUGAGCAACCGAGAACUCACAUGGAGUUUUCCGACAGUGACCAAGACGGCGUUGUAUCUGACCACAGUGAUUACAUCCACGUAGAAGGAUCCUCCUUUUGCAGUGAGAGUGACUUUGAUCACUUUUCUUUCACAUCCUCUGAAAGUUUUUACGGAUCCAGCCACCAUCACCACCACCAUCACCACCACCACCACCGGCACCUCAUCAGCUCCUGCAAAGGCAGAUGCCCAGCCUCCUACACUCGAUUUACCACCAUGCUGAAACACGAGAGAGCUAAGUACGAAAGUGCUGAGGAGCCCAGAAGGCAGGAAAUGGACCCUGGCCUUUCUAAACUUGCAUUUCUAGUCAGCCCUGUGCCUUUCCGGAGGAAAAAGAGUUCGACUCCCAAAAAGCAGACUGAAAAGGCGAAAUGUAAAGCGUCUGUGUUUGAGGCUCUGGACUCUGCCCUUAAAGACAUCUGUGACCAAAUUAAAGCUGAAAAGAGAAGGGGAAGUUUGCCCGACAACAGUAUCCUGCACCGUCUUAUCAGUGAACUGCUGCCAGAUAUUCCCGAGAGGAACUCAUCACUUAAAGCUCUAAAAAGGAGCCCCAUGCACCAGCCUUUCCACUCACUGCCUCCAGAUGGUGCUGUUCCUUGCCCCUUGUACCAGAACGAAUGUGGGAGAAUGCCUCACAGUGCCUCUUUCCAAGAUGUGGACGCCACCACCACCAACUACCACCCCCCAGACCAUGAGAGUGCACGGAGUCUCCAAGACCAUGAGUUGCCUAGAAGUUACUCAUCCACUAUGACUGACCUGGGGCGAAGUGCAUCGAGGGAAAGAAGAGGAACUCCAGAAAAAGAGAAAUUGCCUGCAAAAGCUGUUUACGAUUUUAAAGCUCAGACAUCUAAGGAGCUGUCGUUUAAGAAAGGAGAUACUGUCUACAUCCUCAGGAAAAUCGAUCAAAAUUGGUAUGAGGGAGAGCACCACGGGAGAGUGGGCAUUUUUCCCAUCUCAUACGUGGAGAAACUCACACCUCCUGAGAAAGCACAGCCGGCGAGACCGCCGCCCCCAGCCCAGCCUGGAGAAAUCGGAGAAGCUACAGCCAAAUAUAAUUUCAGUGCUGACACAAAUGUGGAGCUAUCGCUGAGAAAGGGAGAUAGAGUUAUUCUUCUCAAAAGAGUUGAUCAAAACUGGUAUGAAGGUAAAAUUCCAGGAACCAGCAGACAAGGCAUCUUCCCUGUUUCCUAUGUAGAAGUUGUCAAGAAGAAUACAACCAAAGGUGCUGAGGACUACCCUGACCCUCCGAUCCCCCACAGCUAUUCUAGUGAUAGAAUCCACAGCUUAAGUUCAAAUAAGCCACAGCGUCCUGUGUUUACUCAUGAAAACAUUCAAGGUGGGGGGGAACCGUUUCAGGCUCUGUAUAACUACACCCCCAGGAACGAAGACGAGCUGGAGCUCAGAGAGAGCGAUGUCAUUGAUGUGAUGGAGAAGUGUGGCGAUGGAUGGUUUGUGGGAACCUCAAGAAGAACCAAAUUCUUUGGUACUUUUCCCGGAAACUAUGUCAAGAGGCUGUGAAUAACUCUCCCUCCUUUUUAUGGUGCAUUUCAGCACCACAUUUGCAUAACCUUGCCUGAAAGAUACCCUCAGGCCGCCUCCUCCCUCCCGCUGUCCUGCCUUCCAGUUUCCAGUAGAAGUCACCCACCGUCACCACCUCCACCUGCCACCAAACCACCAGCAGAGAAACUGCCUGCCGCCCAGGCCGGGAGGCUGGCAGACUUGCUUCCGCGAGAAAGUGCAUAUUCCUGAUUUCUGCUCUAAACUCUGAAAAGUCGAUACAUGAUGUCAGAAAGAAAGAAAAUCAUUAUAGUUAGAAAGGGUUAAGUAGUUGAGACAAAAAAAAAAAAAAAAAAGGAAAUGUCUCCAGGAGACUCUCUAGUCCACUUUGAAAGAUAUUCUCCCCUCAGGCAAGCAGAGAUUGUGUAUCACUAAAUGCUGUGGUUUGCAUUUUCGCAUCCUUAGCUUGGCAGUGUAUUUUUCCUUUCACGAGUUUGCCUAGUGUCUUGGUUUACACGACAUGAAAACUGUACUUCGGCUAUCGUUUGCCUGCACUUACAUAUUGUAAUACGCACAGUGAUUACAAAAUCUAAAGCAAGAGUAGGAAAGCUAAUUCGGAUGAGUGUGAUUUUGUUGACUGAAUGUGAGUUUUCAAUAGGAGUCUUUUCCUGCAGUUUCUUCUGUGCUUUCUAGAAGUGCAAACCGUAAGUGAAUAAGAGCCUUUGGUAAUAAUCAUGAGACUAUAAGAGGUUUAGCUAGACUACAAAAAAAAAAAAAACCCUAUUGUGUUGUAAAGUUGCAUUGCUAUUUUAUAUUAAAAUGUAAUAAUCAGCAUCAUGAACAAUGAGCUCUUAGUGUUUUAUUUAUCUGGUAAAAUUUUAAUAAAAACAGUGUUAGUGAGAGGUGCAAAGAAUUAUUCUAAUGUAGACACUUGAAAGUAUCUGUAAGCAAUACUCAUAGGUAAGAUUUCACUGUGUGCACACAUAUACAUUUGAGAUUGUGUGAGAACAGACAAUCCCUAUGGUAUGUUGUACAUUUUAUGGAAAUGUAAAGGAAUCCCACACAUUAUUUUAUAGAAAUAGAAUACUUUAGAAGCAUCACAAGUAUGAAGGCUGGUUUUAGCAAGGAUUAUGAUCAAUACAAUUAUUUUUACUAUGAUAAUUAUUUUUCUUCUAUGGAACUCAGAAUCCUGGCUACAUUUGAGGACAGGAAUAUGUUGAGCCUGAUUUUCCUGGUGUGUGUAAAAUAUUUCCUCAGAAUACAUUAGGCACUUUUUAGAGGCAAUGUUAAAUCAUCCAGGUUAUAUUUUCUGCCCUGAAGUAGAAAUUUACAAAAUGGUUUUGGGACCUGAAAGAUUUAAUGUGGUCAACAGUGCCUGAAUUACACAUACCUUGAGAACUAGCUUUGUAUUUCUUAUGACUUUGCAUAAGAACUAUUCAUAUUUGGAUCUUGAGCACCUUAUAGAUAAAACUUUUUAUGGCGUUUCUUCUGUGGAUAGUGAUUGAUCUUUUCACAAUGUACGUAGACCCUAGCAUUUUGUACAUAUGUUUGCUUUUUUUUGUACAGACUAUUUAGUCGUUGAGAAAACAGGAAUUUCCUAAUUUGGUCUUUAUCCUUCACUUUAAACUAAGCUAAAACAGUUUCAACAGAUUUCCUUUCCAUAUUCCAUGGAUCACAAGCACCCCUUGAUCGCGCGAUUCUGUGAGAUAGCAUUUAUGCAAAAGUUUAUGAACUUACAAGAUCUUAGCAGCCAAACUGAAAUGCACAUAAAUACUGAUUACAGAGGAAUUUCAUUAGAAGGUAAAGAGGCAUCUUUGAGUAGACUACUUUGAUUACUGUCAAAUUCACAACCAGCUUUAUAUUUUAAAGGCUUUGGAGUUGAAAUUGAGUCAACUGCAUGCGGCUUUGCUGAUAAAUGAAUAAUUAUCUUUGAUGCCAUUUAUGAGAAAAAAUUUCAAUAUCUGUUGCCUGUCAUAUUUAAGAAAAUUACUGUUUCUACUCUCUGUAUCUGAUUUUAAAAGGAAAACUAUUCAUACCUGGCUUUCAGGUAAUUGACUUUGAAUUCUUACAAGCGAAGGUCAUUGUGUUUUUCUUGAAUAGACAUCUAAUAAAUUUUGCUUGGAAGUAUA